AAGAAGAAUGUAGACGAUUGCAGAUCUGUACUGUGCACGAAGGUUUUUUUGAAAAUGAUCUAAAAAACGCCUGAAAAUCACAUAUUAAUUAGUAUCCAAAGAGACGAGCAACACGAAGAGGAGAACAAUUACUGCAUCUACAACUACGAGUGUCAAUGAAGAUUCACCAAUCACGAUCCCCUCGACAAGUACCCCAUUAUUUAAUAGUGGAUGUAGCCGCCUUUUUUUCUACCUGAAGUUUGUCCCUUGCAUAAUGCAAAGAUUUUUUUUCUGUUGAAAAUGUAUGAUCUAAAUUCCGAAAAAAAACGUAUAAAAUCAAAUAAAGAGACGAGGAGGACCGACUCCCGUUAGCUAGCCCGAUUAGCAAUGCUUUUUUCCCUCUACAACCAGGAUGAACAGCUUCCCCGUGUAUGCGUUCUGAUUAUUAAUCUACUACGCAGGGUUAGAUAGUCUUUUGAUUAAUCACCGUCUAGUCCACACACACACUAUUUGAAGAAACUCACAACGAGGAAGCUGUGAGAUAUUGAUAAAGGCUCAGGUUUGAGAAAGGGAAACAAUAACCAUCUUCACCUCAUUCAACAGGUACUACAGUGUAAAAAUGAGGUAACUUCUUCUCCUGGUCGUCCUGCCGAACAGUUAUCAUAACUAUCCAAGGUGGUACUUGGAACAACUGGAAGAAAAAAAUAUAGAUGAAUAAGCGAGGACAACGUCUACGUCCUACAACAGUCGCUCAAACAGUGUUUCAUUAUCAGAGUUGACUGGAGAACAUUUCAUACUAUUUUGCUCAGUCUUUAUCACUGUUACAACUACUCGUCCUGCAUAUACCGAAAAACAACAUGCCGUUCACAGCCAAGGCUACAAAGCGUAUCCAGAAGGAUAUUGCGAGUGUGAGCACUCUCAGCCUUGAAAACACGGGAUGCUGGGUCGACCCGAAGACGUUCGAUAAGGCGGAGUGGCAUGUCUAUAUACAAGGUAAAAUAUGAAAGGCCUCUAGAACGUUGAAAUGACGUAAAACGAGGUUCCAUGACAUGACAGAAGCUUAAUAUGGCAUGUCUCUGUCGAAGGUGCUGGUGAAGGUGAUGAUGAUACAAAAGAUACAAAAGGAUAGACUCAGAACAAUAGAGUUGUUCAACAUGAUGAUGUUGCACCCUGCCUACGAGUACAACUAGGGGAUCCUGGUGACAUGGAGGUUGGAAAGAUCUGAACGAGGACGUUCUUGUACUUCUACUUGUUCUGGUGCUUCCACCAAGCGCCGAAGGACCCCUCCGAACUGUUGAGUUGUCAUAUCAAAACCUUCAGGUCCUGUGAACACACCUUGGGAGAAGGGUGUUUUCAAGCUGAAAAUGUCGUUUCCGGACAACUAUCCUUUUGAGCCGGUGAAGAUAAAUUUCGAGAAAGGCAUCUACCACCCAAAUGUGGGAUCCGGAGGAACGAUCUGCCUUGACGUACUCUGAAUAGUAUAAAAAGACACGUGAGAAGUGCUACUUUCUUGUUAUCAUUCAACUUGGAAUUCGUAUUCGGCACAUUAGGAUGAGUUUCUGUUUCCUAGACGAGUAAGUAUCAAUCUUCUAUUAUGAGUAUAACCCAUCUAAUAUUUCUAUAUCUAGGCUUUCUGACCACGAUCAGAUUAUCAAGCGUGAAGCGUGGUCGCCCUCGUAUACGCUGCAAAGCGUGUUUACUAGUAUUCGAUCUCUGCUUUCGGAUCCCAAUCCAGCUUCUCCGAUGAACGGCGAAUCCGCACGGUGUUUUAACAAAAACAAGAAGGUACUUGCUCCUUUGAAUUCAUGCUUCUUCUUUUCAGCUUUCUUUGGUGCUUUCAAUGGUGCGCCUGACUGGAGAACCGCCAGGAGGGGUCCAUACACAUGUAGAUAUAUGAAGCUGCUGACACAUAGCCUGUCUUUCUAGAGAACAUGAGAACUAGAUAUGAAAUUUUGUGCACACUUCAAUUUUUGGUUGGUAGUUACGUAUCAAAAAAUAAUAAAUGUCCUAAAAAGAGUAUGUCCUAAAAUAGAUUUAUUCGAUGGCAUUCAACAGAAUGACUUAUGCCAUCGUCUCAUGGUUAUGACAGUUUUCGAAAAUUAAGCUUUGUUCUCUGUACCUAAAAUUCCAAAAAAAUCUAAUAAUAAAAAAUCCAGAAAACCCUGCGACUAUUUCCUGCAGAUGAGGGCUGGAAUAUCAUCUAAUAAAAAAUUCUCCAGCCUCUAGCUGCAUCUCUAUGAAAUUACUAGGAUUCGAAUUUUUGUACCCCAAUUCAUAACUUUCAUGCUAAUUUGAAAUUAUCUCUCGAUCAGAUUUGAAUUCGAAUAAUAUGAGAUAAAAUCAAAAUUUUCUGGAUUUCAAGUUGAAAUUCAAAUUCAAAUUUGAUUUUUUCAAAAUUUAUCAUUUGACAUUUCAAUUUAUUUCAAUUUGUCUUCAUCGUGUUGGUAGUUUCACUUUAACUGUUCCCAGGAAUACGAGCGGAAGGUGCAGGAAACGGUGCAAGCGUAUGGGCAAUGUUUGAUGGAGCAACCACGACAAAAGCUGCAUAGCGAAAAGCCCGAUGAAAAGACCCUACAGCGGAUUGAGCGUGAGAAGGUAGAAAGUGGGGAAACAGCUGCGGGAGCACAAAUAGAAGCAGCAAAUAUACCUCGUGCAGUGCAAGCACAAGGUGGUACUUCUUAAGGCUCAAUACAAAUCAUUUCCACGUGUCAUUCUUUACAACUCUGUCCUUCUUGGGAUUAUAUUGCAAGAAUGAGAGGACUAAGAAAUGAUUUGUUUUGAGCUCUAAACUUCUACUACAACCCCUUCUACUGGAGGUGGUCGUGCAGCACCAGCAGUUGUAGGCAAUACCUCUACCUCGAGAAUACCUAAUUCUGAUUUCCAAUUUGGAGGAGCAAGUGGUAGUAACAAGUUGUAUAUGAACCCAUCAUCUUCAAGUACAACAACUACAACAACUCUGGGAGGAGGGCCUUCUUCAUCAUCGACUACUACCUCGGAGCAGGAGCCUGCGUCUACUUCUGCAGGACAUCAGGGAGGGUCCUCGAAUAGAAGCGGAGAUGCUCCCCUUCUCAGAAGCGGGUUACAACGACAAGGACAGCAUCAAGCGAAUAGUCUGCAGCUUCCUGCAGGUGGAAAGAGACCGCGCAGUGCAGGGUCUGCCUCCCCAGGGAACAAAAGAAGGAGAGGCAGUACUUCGAACAAUCAACAACAAUCACGACAAGGUGCCAAUGAUUCUUCUACAGUAGAAGUGAUUGAGAUUGCUGACAGUGAUUGAGAUUGCUGACUCGGACUAGCGGAAUUCAAAAAUUGACUAGCCGUAAAGUAUGAGAAUUUUUGAAUUUUUUGUGAUGAAGAAAUAGAGUCCACCUCUUCACUCCCUUACAUCAUGAUCACAGGUAAUAUCCCCACCUUCCUUCUCUACAACAUGAAUCGUUUUGUCCAUGCGACUCUUUUUGACCCUCUACAUUCGUGACAUGACUAAUGCUUUCUUUUUAGCUUUCUGACGAACAGAAUGUCCUUGUUGCCAUCUAGAAGAUCGAGGAGAUUUUCAUCCCCGUCCUCGAAGAAACCUCAUCAAUCAUCUAAAUGUAGUUGUGUGCGAAUUGAUUUUUGAAGACUUUUAUUUUCAACUCUGACAAAGAAGAAGAUGAACUUAUCUCAUUUUCUAGUGAAAGUGUAUGAGCAAUGAGAGGUUCGCGACCAGCCCCACGAGGAGACAUUGACAUGCCAGAGGCUUUCUUUGACGUGUCAAGGAAAGUACACUCUUUGUUCCCCAGGAUGAUGCUGACCGCCCAUUAAGAUACUAUUAGCCCGCUCUUCUACAGCAGCUUCAUUGGAGAAAUAUUGUUCUUGAAAAACAUCUGUUUUGGCUGAAGAGAGGGUAGCAUCUCUGUCCCGAGCAAACUCUGAUGAGUAUGUCUUUUUUAGUAUUAGAAAUAAGGCGUAGUAGGAUUAAGUAGUACUAGGUAGUACGUAGAAGGUC